CUCCCCUUGCUGCUUGUCGAGAUAAGAGAUGAAAAACCGGCAAAUGUGUCAGAAAGCACCCUCAGUUCACCGCCGGCUGCAAGAAGCUGCGCUUAUUUACAAUGGCGGAGUCGCAGACCGAUAAGGUGCAGACAGAAGAGGAAGGUGGAAGCCUGAAAAAGGGAAAGCAGAAGCAAAAGAAGGACGCCUGGAGACCACAGGGCAAAAGAGACCCAUUUGAACUGCUGGACUCGCUGCCAGAGAGCGAGCAGCAGCAGUUCCAGAGAGCCCUUCACCUCUUCUCCCUGGGCACCACGCUGCCCAAAACCCUGCAGCAGGCCAAGAAACGCAUCUACCGCUUCUGGGAAACACAGCCUGUCCCCAAACUGGGCGAGACCGUCACCACUCACGGCCCGAUCGCAGAGGGCGCGGCGAGUAUCCGAGAGGAGCCGUACUCGCUCCCCCAGGGCUUCUCCUGGGACACUCUGGACCUCAGCAGCCCUCCAGUGCUGAAGGAGCUCUGUAGUCUAUUGAACGAGAACUUCACCGAAGACGACGACAACACCAUCAGAUUUGAAUUCUCCGAGGAGUAUCUGCAAUGGGCGCUGCAGCCUCCCGGCUGGCAGGUCCUGUGGCACUGCGGCGUCAGAGUCGACUCCAAUAAGAAGCUGGUGGGCUUCAUCGCCGCCGUUCCCGGAGACGUGCGCUUCUACGAGACGGAGAAGCGGGUGGUCCAGGUUAAGUUCCUCUGCGUUCAUAAGAGGCUGCGCCUGAAGCGAAUGACUCCGGUUUUGAUCCGGGAGCUCACCAGACGGGUCAACCAGCAGGGCCUCGGCCAGGCUGUCUACACAGCCGGCAUACUGCUGCCGACGCCGCUGAGCUCCUGCAGACAGUGGAAUCGCCCGCUGAACCCCCGAAAGCUGAUGGAGGUCAACUACCCGGGCCUGAAGCAGAACAUGACCCUGCAGAGAGCGCUCAAGUUCAACCGCUUGCCUCAGAUGACAAAGACUCAAGGUCUGCGCCAGAUGACCAGAGACGAUGCUCCGGGGAUUCGCUCGCUGCUCCAGGAAAGCCUCGGCCAGUUUCACCUCCGCCCGCUCUUGUCUCAGCAGGACGUCGAGCACUGGCUGCUCCCCAGGGAGAACGUGAUUGACACAUACGUGGUGGAGGGCGAUAGCGGGGCUCUGACAGGCGUGGUUAGUUUCUACGGCGUCUCCUCCACAGUGCUGAACCAUCCGAUCCACACGGCGCUCAGAGCGGCUCACCUCCUUUACGUCGCGUCGACCGCCACGGAUCAGGUCGACCUGGUGGAGGAUGCACUCGUUCUGGCCAAAGCUAAAGGUUUUGACCUCUUCUGUGCUCUUGAUGCGAUGAACAACACCGGUUUCCUGGAGAAGCUGAAGUUUAAUGUCAGCCACACCGAGGUCCAUUACUACCUGUAUAACUGGAUGUGUCCCAGGAUGACUCCAGACAAGGUGGGCUUGAUAAUACCCAACUAGCCUGAAAGACGGAAGAGAAAUGAAGAUGAACCAACUGGUAUGACUGGACAGAACAGCGGAUAUCAAGCUCAAUCAACAUUAUUAAACAUGAAUGUUCGGCUGACAACCUGCAGAACACAUACACUCCAAUCAUGUAAGGAAAUGUCAAAAACUGUAUUUGUAAAUACAUGAGUCAGUGAGUUUUCCCAUGUGUCUCUGAUUCAAUAAACAAAUUGAACUGGUUUCCAAGAAGAAUAUGCAUCCCAGUACUAAUUUCUGUGCACACAGACACACAUUGAGAUGAGUGUUGUUAAAGGCAAAACACAUAACCUCUGAUGACAUGACAACAAUUUAAGCUGACCUGUGAACAUUUUAAGAAGGCCAUUAAUGUGUCUCCCUCACUAUUAUUUUUCUAUUAAGCCCAUUUGCUCUGUGCAUGUCUUCAAUUCACGCCAUUCAUACAAGUUGCUCGUCAUGUGUAUAGCAGAUAAACAGUGAUUUAUGACAUGCGAUUGAACUAAUUAUGUCUCCAGCUACAGUUGUGAAAUAGUACAACAUGCAAAAAUGAUCAUACCCUCUUUAAUAGGUAUUGAAAAUAUAUUGAUCCUGUUUUCCAUUGUAUGUUUUUUUUAAUC